AUGCCAGUGAGAAACUGUGAUUAUCCAUUUAUAUGGGAAAGUAAUCAAAAUAUUUCUUAUGAAAUAAGUUCUAUUGUAAGAACUACAGCAAUUCCUGAAACUAGAAAAAAAGUCUUGAGAUUUUUAAAAGAACAUAACAAAGCUAAAAAUUCUCAAUAG